UUGUAGAGAGAGAGAGAGACAGUAAGAUGGAUAAUGGUAAUCAUGUUGGUGGUUCAGGAAAUGCAGGAUUUCAUAGCUAUGGCAGAUCUCCACAACCAACCCCUGCAGAUCCCCCUUCCCCUGAUACGGAGAUGAGCCUGGAACUGCCUGCACAUCUCAACCAGGAAGUUGUUGAAAUCAUCAGUCAGGAGCAAGACCAAGUCAUUCCAAACGUGUCCAGAAUCAUGCAGAGCACCCAUCCUUCCCAUGUUAAGAUAUCCGAUGACGCCAAGCGGACCAUGUACCAUUGUAUGUCUGAGUUCAUAUGCUUUGUAACAUAUGAAGCCAACGCGCAUUGCCAGCGUGAGCAGCGGAACACAAUCACUGUGGAAGACGUGGAUUGGGUCAUUAACAAGUUUGGGUUUGAUGACUACAUUGAACCCUUGCCUUGCUACUUUCCUCCAAAUAGUGAGGAUGAUGGAGGCGAGUGUGGAUCCCUUACGAGGGAGUCUUUGUUGAAGCGUCCAAUGGUUGAUACAGCUUCAAGCUCCAAUAUCACACCCUAUAACCUUCCUCCUAAUUUUCCUAUGGCUCAUCACCACUUUGUGUAUCCACCACCAAUGGGAAAUGGUGAUAUGCAGGGGGAGGCAAGCACUUCUCAGUGUGCAGGGGCUUCAGUGGAUACUUACGUUGAGUCUCCUAUGGAGGAGGAUAAGGAGUGAACAAUUUAUCGA